UCGUUAAGAAGUCACGGAAGCGCGCCGUCCCGAACGAUAUGGCGGCGAGCUGGAGCAGCAACAGCGGGGAGGCUGUUUAUCGCUCUCGCGAUGCCAUUAAAAACUUAAAAAUACGAGCGCGCAUCCAGCGGGUGACGUCCGCCGCAGCCUUAUCCCGGCAGCUCCAAGAGCAGCAGGCGUCGGCGCAGCACGAGAGGGCUGGGAUCGAGCUGGACACGCUGGGCAGCCAGCCCACACCAGUUGGAGAUGAUCAGGAGGAACUUGUUGUGUCCUGGCAAGAGAAGUUAUUCAGUCAGUUUGAGGUGGACCUGUAUCAGACAGAGUCUGUGUGUGUGAGCCCAUUGGACCGUCAGUAUCACAAUGACGUCGUGGCCUUGGAGCGGGCUGGGGGCAGGCGCAAUCGCCGGAUCUUCACCUACACAGACCACGAUCGCUUCACCAAUUUGGAGGAAGAAUUUUCUCAGAGCCUGGUUAUCCCAAGCAAGUCUAUCCCAACCUUCUUGGCAGAGAGGAUGGCCAAUAUGAGGCACAGGAGGCACGAGAGGCGCCAGCUGGAAGGCUAUAUACCCAAGUCUCAGCUGAUCACCUGGGAACCAUCGGAGGAGUUUGUGAGGAACAGCCAUGUCAUCAGUACACCCAUGCAAACUAUGCACAUCAUGGCGGAUCUGGGUCCAGUUGGGCAGCUGGGUAAGAGGGAGAAUGAACAUGUACUGUGUACUGUGAGAGUCGACGGCAGCGGCGUCAUCACUGUCAAACCAGACUUCAACAACACAAAGGGACCCUACCGGGUGGAGACCAAAGGGGAGAAACGCGAAGUGUGGCACCUCACUCUGGAGAACGCGUCGGCCCCCAUCAGCCAGGAGGAGAGGUCGAGGGAGCAGCACGUCUACAGCGAUCUCUACAUUCGUCACAAAGACUACCUUGAUAGCCUAGUUGGCCAAGACUUCGAAAUGCCUCCCCCGGGGAUUCUUCGCCUGCUGGUGAAUGGAGAGAUCGUUUCAGCCCAGGGCUACGAGUAUGACAACGUCUACAUCCAUUUCUUCAUGGACUUGCCCCGCAACUGGUCGAGUUUGCCUCUCCAGUCCUUUUCUGGAGUCACGCAGACCUGCCGCACACGCACCCUGGGCACGGAGAACGUCGCCUUCUUCUCUUACCCGUUCAGCUUUGAGGCGUUUUUCAGGAAAGAGGAUGAGACAGAAGGGUCACUCCCCGAAUGGCCUGUGCUGUACUUUGAGGUUCUCUCUCUGGAUUCCUGGCAGCGCCACAGGACCGAAGGCUACGGUUACCUGGUAAUCCCCGCAAGCCCUGGCUGCCACACCCUGACCUGCAGCACCUGGAGACCCCUGCAGUGUGGCACGCUGGCCGAGCUACGUCGCUUUUUUGUUGGCGGGGCCCUUGAGCUGGAGGAUCUCAGCUAUGUCCGGGUGCCCGGCACCUUUAAGGGGGACCGUCUCAGUCGAUUUGGUUUCCGCACAGUGACUACAGGAAGCGUGACAUUUACCUUGCACUGUAUUCAACAUGCCAGAGCGUUUGUAGAUGCCAGUGCAUUGAGGAAGAGGAGACAGAGCGUGCUAGAUCAGCUGGGAGGCUUCAGCCAACAAGGAUCUGUCUACAAUGUGCUAGAGGCUUUUCAGAAGGCCAGGAGACGCAUGCAGGAGGCCCGGGAGAGCCUUCCCAGAGACCUGAUAAACACCAGCUCCCCACUCGCUCCCGAGCCCACCGCAUAGCUCCCCUGCUCCAUGAUCACACCAUCCAAUCUGUGAUCCCCAACUAACAUAAGAAGAAGAAACGCUUCCUAUCAGCGUUUUUUUUCUUCUUUUUUAUACACUGUACGAAUCUGAGGAUUCUGCUUAUAGUACCAUCUGGAGAUGAUUUGCAUAUGUUUAACAUAUACAAGCAGUUUUAUAGCAAUUAUGUGUAUAGCCAUAUGUGUGUAUAAAUACAAUGCAUAAUUGGUACUGAUGUUAUUGUUUUGGCUGGCUAAGCCAAUAUGUAUUCUUUACAUUUCAAAUCUUAAUGUAUUGAUUUUAAUGUCUUAAUAAAAUGGUAUAUGUGGUAAGA